AUGGCUAAACCAGUGUUCACAAUUCCGCUAAUGCCGCUGGAAAAGAUUUUACUGUCGCAGGUCGCUCGCAUCGCUGGCUUGGAUACAACUUCCAACCCAGUGUCGGAUACUGAUACCGUAGUCUUCCGGGCAUGGAAUUGGACGAGCCUUGCGUACGGAUCUCUCAAGGAAGAUUUGAACAUCGACCAGCUGGCUGAAACCUAUAAUGGCGACCAUGACCUUGCAUACCGAGACUGUUUGCAUUUCCUAGCUCACCAAGGCCUUUUGGCCUCCAGCCAGUUUCGUUCAGAUGCUAUCAGGGCAGCAAACCCGAGCUUCCCAGGGGUGUUUACAGAACACACGAUCGAUUCCAUUGAAACAGGCAUUCAUCCAGACGACCGAGAGUCUUGGAUAAUCGUAUCAUGGAUGUUCCAAGGGGGGCACCUUUACUGGGAUCCGUUGUCAUUCACGCAUCAGGAACGAACCUACGACAUUUUCAAGUCGGUCUACACUUUGCAGCACCGCAUGGCAAGACCUGAGAAUUUCCAAGAAAUCGAGAAUUAUGUUGUUACCCAUAAUAAACUGUUGGAACAGUGGACGGUAGGCCCCAUUCCGACGAUCGAUGAUGCCGAUGGCGACGGCGAUUUUAAUGAAAGUCUCCCUCCCCGGAGCAUUAGCAAGGGAUUUUCUCUGCAUCCAAGGCACAGAGUGGUAGAGGGCUGGCCACUAGGGAAGUCUUACACGGAUGAAAACGGAGAUUACACAGAUGAGUGGCUGAGAUAUGCGCUCAGAACCGCCUCUUCGGAGCAGCCGAUAGGGGGCGUCUUAGAGAACGUCUGCAUGCUCCCAUUUGCGGAUUUGCAUAGCAUUUCCCCUGAAAGGAUGGAACAAACUGUUAUUAAUUAUUCCGUGCCAUUCAUGGAAAGGCAGAAUUUCAGCAGACUUCGCUGGGUCGUGUGGAGGCCGGUUUCCCACACCGCCAUGGGAGCCCAUCUUCUGUACACAGAAGAUGAGGUCUACCAGUACUGUUUGCUUAACAACUGGUACUUCCCGGACCAUUUCUGCGACGAAGAGGUAGUAUUUGGCAUGCGUCCUGUGGACGAUACAGACUUCUUCAUCAAAAUUAGUGAAUUUUGGAGCUCGUGGAACGAUUGCUGCCUCAGCUGGGAUGCCAAAAACAAACAGCUGUACCUUCUUGAGACGAUACCGGGUCUCCGAUUUCGAAGCCGGCAGAAGUUCCAAGACAGGCACGUUGCACAGAGAUAUUUCCGGAAUCUAGUCGAGGACCAUGCUGCGGGCCGUCUCCAAGACUCUACCAUGCAAGAUUUGCUGGGAGCGGAGCAUUACAACAAGAUAUUCGCUCACUCCCUUCGAUACAUCCCUAGCGAUCAAAUAACGAUCUAUCCGGGUUCAAUUGUCGGCGAGGGCCGAAAUGGAAAGGUCUAUCGAGCGAAAUGGACAAGAUCUGACGGCGUUUUGGCCACGUCACUGCGUGGAGAGACAAUUGAGGUGGCGCUUAAGGAGCUCAAGGCGACAGGCCUGAGCAGGAAAUUUGCUCGAGAAAUGGACCUAACCUACACCAGUCUCGGCGGUAGUAGUGCUGGAUGCGUCGAUUUCUUCGGCAUCUCAAUCAUCUCAGAACCGCAUGCUCCUAUGCAGAGUUUCCGAGCUUCGAGGGACCAAGCCAGGGAGUUCGUCCUCGUAUCCGAGUAUGCAAACGCGGGAAAUAUACGCGACUUCCUUCGCGGCGAAUUCCCCAAGUGCAGCUUUCAAGAAUCAUGGAUCCUCGUCGUGCAGAUGCUCCUUGGCAUUGCGACCGGCAUCCAUACGCUACAUGCACAUGGUGUCAUUCAUAGAGACCUUCACCUCAACAAUAUCCUUGUUACAGAAAAGAUCUUUCCAGAUCAGCCACAAAGCCUCUCAUCCGAGUUUUCUGCCAAGAUAGCGGAUAUCGGCGAAGGACAGCAUAUCGCAGCCACUAGUAUUUUCAAUGCGAGCGUGGAAGCCAGAGAUUUCCAUGCGCCGGAGAUCUUAUACUCGCAGACCUGGAGCCCCGCAUCCGAUGUCUUCGCCUUCGCGGUUGCGGCUUGCAAGAUCCUCGACAUGCGGCAGACGCUCUGUCUGGAGCAGCCUCCGGAGCAUGUGCUCAAGCAAGCCGGUUUGGAUUCUGCCGACGAUGCAAGCUCUGUGCUGCCCGUGAAGCUGCGUCAGAUAAUCGCGGAUGGACUCAAUAGAAACCCCAAGGAGAGGUUGAUAAUCAGCAAGUACGUAGACACCAUUGAGGAUCUUGACAGAGACUUCUAUUCUGACAAAGAGCGGGGCGUGCUUCGAGUAGAUUGGGCCACAUUAGACUGGUGGACUACUCAUGCUGGGGCCUACGAGCGGCCGCCUGUUGGGCGGGAGGACGGUCAGACAUGGAGCGCAAUAAGUGAUGCAACCUGA